UGGGAUUAAGUCAACAAAUGAGUAACCUUCAACUAACAACACAGGUGGACUGUUGCUCUAUGGCCAGUUAGAAAUUGUCACACGAAAUCCGUUCCUAAUGCCAAAUUCUUGUACAAUUGUGUUUACAUGACUUAGUACGUGGUACAUUGAUAGAAAAUGAGCAGGGAAAUAGAAAAGUACAGGUACGAUUACGAGGUAUCGAGCCAGUGGGAGCUGAGGAAAAAGUUCAUAUUGGCCCAUAGGGACAAAUACCCAGAGGAGCGUCUCGUCUGCCUUGCACAGAUAUUUUCAAACGUCCACUUUCUCGGUUGCCGGUAUGAAGAACCAGUUAUGGAAUUAAUGAGUGAGUUAUCGAAGGGCAUUGCAGUAAAUAAUGACAAAUGGAAAACACAAGCUUUUGUGUCAGCUUCCAGCGCUGUUGAACAAAGAGUUAAAGACCGACUCGGUGGGCAAAAUAGCAACAAAGCCCCUCAGAAUAAACCGCUGGCGACAUAUGUAAACUUUGUUAAAUCGGAAACAGAACAAAAUCCUAAUGUGCAAGAAAAUAAGAUUGGCUUAGAUGCACAUAGUGUGAAAUUGGGGAAACGACUGGUUGAGGAAGCCAAUUUAGAUAACGAGCCAACUACGAAGCGCCAAAGACUAAAUGCCGAGGUGACAAAAAUUAAAGAUGACAUACAAUACGUCAUCGACAGUGGGCCAUUUGGGCAAAUUGUACUUUUUGAAAGUUCAUACAAUAACGAAAGUACUAUAAGUGUUAUACAAAGGACUGUUAACGCUGCCCAUAUGGUUGUCAACUACAUUUUCACCUAUGACUCAAAUCAAACCACUUGCAAAAUGAUGCUUGAUGGGCUUUACCUUGCAACAGGUCAAGGGCCAUCACAAAAGAUCUCAAAAGAAGCUGCUUGCAGAGUCGCAAUUUCAAGGCUCAAAGAAACAUCCUUCACCAUUCUUGUAAAAGCGGUGUACAGUGGGAGUGAAAUUGUCGAUAGGAAUUUAGACAACAAGUUACCAGAAUUUAAGUCUGCCAGUGUUGAAGAAAAAAUUGAAGAUACCAACAUUGGGAGUAAGAUGCUCAAGCUCAUGGGUUGGCUUGGUGGCGGCCUAGGAAAAAAUGAACAAGGAAUGGCAGAGCCAGUCAAGGCUGUUGAAUCAAGUAUAAGAAGGGGCGGACUCGGGAUCAAAAACUUUUCAGAUUUUCGGGGGAAGGUGAAAAACAUAAUUAGGAAUUUUGCUUAUAGUAACACUAAAGAGGAUUUAGUAUUCUCACCAGACUUUUCAAAGGAUGAAAGGAAAUCUAUUCACAAUCUUGUCCAAGAGUUCAAUCUAAAGUCUCGAAGCUUCGGGAAAGAGGACAACCGUCACAUCGUGAUAUUCAAGAAAAUCAAACCACUUGAAAUAGUUGAAGAUUUACUCGUAUGUGGAGGGGAAACGGAUAAAUAUAAGCUUAUACCUCCUGAGUCGAUGAAGGACAGGUUUUCUCCUUAUUUAUCAGAUAAUGUUUAAAAUAAAAAACGUUACAAUCUUAAUUUCAAAAAUCCUCAAAUUUUAAUUAAUUAAAUA